AUGAAAGUUGGAAUAAACUUGCUCCGCUUUUUCCUUGUGGCGAUCAAUACCGUCUUCGUCCUCCUUUCGGGCGGACUUUUCGCCGCCGCCAUCUGGUCCGACUUUUCCUAUAGAGAAUACUUCGAGAUCGUCGACGUCAAGCCUGUUCUAGAGUUUCUCUUUGCUACUUCGAUUGCGAUUUUCCUCAUUUCCGUAGCUGGCUGGGCAGCUGCAUACAAGGCUCACCGAGGCUUGUUACGAAUUUAUUUGGCCCUGUUAAUCGUCGUCUUUGCCGCCCAGCUCCUUCUUUCAAUUUUCGCCCUCGCGUACAAAGUAGAAAUCCUGCCAUACCUUGAGAGCGGGAUGAAAUCCGCCAUCUCUGCCUGGUCGCCGCCCAUAGAGAUGGCCUUUGAGGAAAUUCAAACUGAUUUCGACUGCUGCGGUGUCGACAACUCCACAGACUACAAAGAUGCGCGAAUCUUCCAAAACGAAACUAGGAAAAUCAUGGAAGAGAAGAACUUGACGCUCGUUGGCGAGUUUGCGGUUCCUGACUCUUGCUGCGUCGUCAACGAGGAGUUCUGCGGAAUUACAAACGCUACCGAAGCGAACAUCUUCACUCAAGGAUGCGCUUACACUCUCGAAGACGAAGUCUCCAAUCACGUCAAUGUCUUCGCCAUUGUUUUGUCCACAACAUGUCUUUUGCAGCUUGCCUCGAUUCUCUUCGCAGGCUGCAUCAUUCAUUCCGACCAAGACGACGAAGAACUCGACCCGCUCGUUUCCAAUGAAAACCCCCAAAACUAA